AUGUGCACUAAGCAAUCGUUGAGUCCUCGCGGAAGACGAGACGACAUCGCUCCAGAAAAAGUUGCCUCCCAUACCUACCUUAUUCAGCCGUGCUUGCUAGGAGAACUGAGUCUUUCCACGGGCCGACAUCCCCAGUUUGCGGGCGAUGGGAUUCGUUCUCCUUUCUGGCUUGUUGGCUAUCGGUAGGCUGCCCACUUGGAACGCAAUUUGUCACUGUCAAACGAGAGUGGGCAGUGACACUUUGCCACACUUCAACCAGCCGAUGCUAACUUUUUAGAAGUAGGAUUAUGUCAUAAUUUAUGGAACUGACUUUUUGAUUCAAACUGCGGCAUAAAUUGCAGCUGACCUGGUACCGAUAAAGACGAGGGAGACCGGAGUGGCCAUUCCUGGUUGAUUAGCCGUCAUCAGUCAGUCAUAUUCAACCCCAAGUGUGCAUCGCUUGAGAUUCGAACCCGGGAUCUUUGGUCAUGGAGUUCGACACUGUACCAUUGAUCCACUGGCCCGUUGUCCUGUCGGUUGUGAAUGGGAAUACCAGUCAAUAACAUCUAUCUACAACUGUCUCUGAUGAUGGGUUCGAGUGAGAAUCCAAGAAAUCAGGACAAUAGACUUUGUGUUCCAGCGAUCGCAUCUUCUUUUUCUUCCCCCUUCUUCUUCUUCUUCUUCUUUUCUUCUUCUUCUUCUUCUUCUUCUUCUUCUUCUUCUUUUUCUUCUUCUUCUUCUUCUUCUUCUUCUUCUUCUUCUUCUUCCUCUUCUUCUUCCUCUUCUUCUUCCUCUUCUUCUUCUUCUUCUUCUUCUUCUUCUUCUUCUUCUUCUCCUUCCUUUUCUUCUUCCGAUACUACUACUAG